AUGGCUGGAAAACAGAGACCAGGUUUCAAGAUCCUUAUACAGAAAGAACCAGAACCAGAAAUUAUGCCACCCCGUAAUUUAGACUCGAGUGCCACUAUAAAUAUAGGUAAUCAACAAUUCGAAAUCAAUGCUGACAGUUUGGAAAAAAUUGGUGACUUGGGGCGUGGUGCAUAUGGUAUUGUGGAAAAAAUGCGACAUGAGCAGACAGGCACGGUAAUGGCAGUGAAACGCAUUACAGCGACAGUAAACCGCAACGAACAAAAACGUCUGCUUAUGGAUUUGGAUAUUUCCAUGCGUUCGAGCGAUUGUCCAUACACAGUACACUUUUAUGGCGCACUCUUCCGUGAAGGCGACGUUUGGAUUUGUAUGGAAGUAAUGGAUACAAGUUUAGAUAAAUUUUACCCUAAAGUAUUUCGAAACAACUUAACAAUGGAAGAGAGUGUAUUGGGGAAAAUUGCGAUGUCUGUCGUGAAUGCUCUGCAAUAUCUGCACGCACAAUUAAAAGUUAUACAUCGCGAUGUAAAGCCUUCCAAUAUACUGAUCAACCGUAGUGGUGAAGUGAAGAUGUGUGAUUUCGGUAUCUCAGGCUACUUGGUUGAUUCUGUUGCCAAAACAAUUGAUGCCGGUUGCAAGCCGUACAUGGCGCCCGAACGUAUCGAUCCCCAAGGCAAUCCUGCUCAAUAUGAUAUACGCUCUGAUGUCUGGUCUCUGGGCAUCAGCAUGAUUGAAAUGGCGACAGGCAGAUUUCCAUACAAUCACUGGUCCACGCCAUUUGAACAAUUGAAACAGGUUGUUACUGAGAGUCCUCCACGUCUUGAACCCGGUCAAUUUUCACCUCAAUUCGAAGACUUCAUUAUUAAGUGCUUACAGAAAAAUUUUAGAGCACGUCCAAAUUAUGAGGAAUUACUGAAACACGAAUUUAUCGUCGAGCACAUAGAACGUGAUACAGAUAUUUCGGAAUUCGUGUCGAGAAUAUUAGAUUUGCCAGAGUAAUGUGUUCGUACAUUGCUACGAUCUUAUUGAAUUGUAAAAUAAUGAUUGCAAAACAAAAACAAAAAAAAAUAAGAAAAAAGUUAAAAUAAAGGUUAAGUAAACGAUUUAUAAUAAACUGUCAACUUAACAAUGAAUGAUUUAAACAAAUUGAUCACAGUAAAUUAAAAGCAAACAAUUAAAACGAUAAAGGCUUAAAACGAAAUGUUAUGAGAAACUACAUAAAUACUAAAAAAUACCUUGUUGUAAAGUAUUUUGAAUAAUAUUGCCUUAUUAAAAAAAUCAUAAAAAAUUGGUAAAGAUGAGAAAAUUAUUUACCGUAUGGAAAUACAAUAAUUCUUUGUUACAAAACUAAUAAUUGUAUAUGAAUAUUAUGUAUUCAAUAACUUGAAAACUAAGUGUGCCUAUUUAGAUUGUAAUAUAAUAAAUUGUUAAUUAUGCCGAAAUGAAAAGCAUAACACGCGUACAGUACGUAAAAUUCUCUAAGAAAAAUAAAAAAUGCCUGUAAAAUCGAAGAAAAGAUUCAUAAAUAUGUAUAUCCGAUAAAUAUUUACCAAAUGAAGAUGUCAUGCCGUAAUAUAAUACUAAAAGUAAAAUUAAUGAAAAU